UACGUGCUAGCUGGGUGGCUCUAUUAAAUAAUGUAUAGGUUAGUUUAGCGGUAUCGGCUGCUAAACCAUCCCCCCACAUUACCACGUCCUACCGGUUCCUCUGAUCUCGUGCCAGUUCGAUUAAAUAACUAAUUCUAAUGAAGUCAGAGACGACUUCUGAUAUAGUUCAUAUCACCCUCAGGGAGCAUAAUAUGUUGUAAAUAUAUUAUUAACGCAACAGUAACAUACGAAUGUGAUUACAUUCGUCGUCAUAUCACAACUCUCGCCUGUCUCAUGUGUCCCAUUGCUUUGUUUAGGAUCAGGUAGUUGCGAGCAUGCUUUUGAUUUUACUUUUAACUUGUCUGGGAGGCGUGCAGGCUUUCAAUUUCUGCGUUUACAAAGGAGUGACACACCCUCUGAACAAGGUAUUCGCAGACAGAUGUAACCGCUGUAUGUGUCGAGAAUGGGGAGUAGACACUGCCGUCUGUACCAACAUCAAGUGUAACAAGUUGGUGCUGAACGCCCCGGGGUGCAAGUACAACUGUGUUCAACUCUACAAUUCCGUGCACAAGCUUCUCACUAAAACCAGAAAUCUCGACACAAUAGCUGACGAAGUUUUACCACUGAUCGGUGGGCAAGCUCUCAAGUUUAUUCGGGAAUCUGAGAACUCAGAUCCGUCAUCUACUGAAGUAGAAGAGCAGGAGGUAGAUGUGAACCAGGAAGAUGUUCAACCAAUACUGAACGAGGUUCACCCCUCUGGAGACGUACAGCAGGAAGUGCAGCAGGACGUACAGCAGGACGUGCAGCAGGUCGAGGAAGAGAAUUCUACACCGAAACGAAGAGGAAGAGUGCAGGGAGGCGGGAGAAAGGGAAAGAAGGUGCUCAAGCAGCAGCUUGAUAAGUUCAUGUUAGCCGGCAAGAGGAAGAGACGGGCCAAGUUUGUCCUCUGAUCAGUAAAUGAUGAACUAAUCGGUGAUGAGAUACACUGUUUGCUUUUUAAUCUGAUUCAUGUUUGAAGCCGUCGGAAUUCGGAAGGAAGGAUUUUAGAAAACAUUAGCUUUCGCUUGACGAGAUUUACUUAAAUCUUGUGAUUGAUGAAAUAAUAAUAUACUGUGUAGUUUUAAUGUGUGACUGUUAAUUUAUAAUAUUUUCAUUUGAAAAAGCGCAAGUUUCAUAAAUGUAUUUAAUUUUGAUAACAAGAAAAGAAGCGGUGGUUAUUUUCAAUACGCAAAUAUUUAGAUAGUUUCAUUUAAAACUUGCUCAUCGUUACUACAAUUUUAAUUGAUUGCCUCAAAAUAUCGACAUUUGAAACGAAUGUGAC